AUGAAUCGUAAAGUUGAGGUCGAUUGUUAUCCAGUUGAUUUGCUGAUUACUAUGCUGGACAAAUACGAACUAACACCAAACAUCUUGAACAUGAAUGAUAAGACUGGUGGUAGAGAUGGUUUUGGUGAGGGAGUGCAUUAUGGAAACUACAAUCAUUCUUGGGGUAGUGAUACAACAAAAGAGUCCAUAGAUAUUUGGGUGUUUGACCAAUGUGCUGCGGCUUUGGACUUUAUAGAGGAAAACAACGAAGUGAAAUAUGCUUUACCAGAAUAUCAAGUAAAGUCUAUGCAAGAUGAGCAAAUCAAUGAAAUCACUAAAAAAGUUAUUCGUGCUUUGAUUGUCCGUACAAAUUCAAGGGCUGUCACAAAUCAAAAAGAUAACAGUAAAGCAAUGGGUCGUGAUAAUAGUGAUAUAGAGUUUGAUAAGUUUGAGACACCUAGAUACGAUUUAUCACAAAAGAAGUUAUCAUUCAAGGCAUUGGCAAAAGGAAGUAAUAAUAAACUGUAUAAGGUUGAGGUUGCUUUCUAUGGUGUUGAGCCUGGAAGUUUAACUACUGACGAUUUGGUUGCAGGUGGUGCUUUGAAAGGUAAUCUGCAUAGUGGUUGUGCUUUAUAUACUGAUAAGGUGCUGACUAACUAUAAAAAGAAAACAGAUAGACCAGAAAAGAACGCAGAGAAUGUGGGUAAAGAAAGUAUUAUGGGGUUUCAAGAAGCAUUUGCAAAAGGUCAAAUCAAGGUAUGUGUUGUAGGCAAGAAUUAUCAAAGCAGUAAAGAAAGUAGUAGGUUUGAGUCUAUUGCUGAUGGUGAAUACUUUGUAAAUGAUGUGGUAAAUGUAAAUAAGAAUAUGAAUGAUUUUGCACUUAUGGAUUCAAAUAUUCGUGGAGCGCUGGGUUGGUCUGGAACACAUUGUAAAUUAGAAACACCCAGAGACUUAUUACCACACGAAAAAGAAAUCAUAUCUAAAACAUUAAGACAAGCAAGUAGUGGGUUGAAUGUAGAUAAUGUAUUCAAUCUGUUUGGUUUGUUGUGUUGUGCUAAGGAUAUUUGGACUGACUAUAUGGAAGGAAGAGCAAUAAACUUUUUACCAUCUGGCGAAGGUCUUGAAAAUGACAAACGGAAAAGAACAUAUUUGGGGUUUGAUACUAUAAAAAUGUUUGACCCGAAAGAAGUAAAAACCAAGGUGGAACUCUGUGAAGCGGCAGCAAGAGAAGCGUUUAAACUUACAACUGCUUUGACUGGGUGUGAAUUAUAUUUGAAAGACUAUCCAGAAUUAGACUUUAUAGAUGCUUUGAUGACUGCUAGGCUUUUGAGAAAUGACGAUGUAGAAAUCAAAGAAGUCUGCAAACCGACAAUGACCUUGAAAGAAUUAUUUGAGAUUGUUGCAGGGGAUAAAGAGAAUGAGGACUUUGGGAUUGCUGCGAAGUUGUUAUUGGAUAGGUAUAUGGGAAAACCAAAAGAAAACCAUAGAAACAUUAUGAACCUUUUGCCUACUGAUGGACUAACGGUUUUGACUAUCAAGUUUUACCACGACAAUAUUCCAAUGAUUGAAUUUAAAGGAUUAGACCAUUGUAUUGCGUGGUGUGUAAAUAAAGAUAUGGAAACUUAUAAUGUCUUUAUGUGGGGUGAAACUGCUACGACUUAUGAAAUGAUAGGGUUUAGAUUGUGGGAUUAUCGUUCUGCGACUUGUGAUUAUAGUGAAGCGCAAGAAGUUUUAAAGAAUGCUUAUAGAAAAGGCAGUAUGGGUGGUCAGUAUAGUAUAUUCAGGGUCAAGGUUAGUGAUAUGAAAAUGAUGGAUACCGACAAGACUUUGAGCGAUUAUACUUUGAUUCGUGAUAAGUUGCGUGAUGUAUUAGAGCCUUUUUAUUGGUAUGGGAAUAAUCUAACUAAGCGUGAUGAACAAAACAGAAGUAAUGAAAUCUUUGUUCAGCGCGGAAUAGACUUAAACACAAGCAAAAAGGUCAUAACUAUCUCAUUUGAAUUUAGUCUUUAUGGCGGAAUGCGUGGAAGACAAGAAGAGAUAGAAGCAGACUUAGAGAAACUUGUAAAAUAUGCUAUGACACCCAAGAUACAAAAAGUUUUACGAGCGGUUGAUACAGACUUGCGAGUAGAAUUUAAGUUGUGGGGUCGUAAAUUAGUCAAAGGUUUUAUAACAAAAGGAGUAGAAAAUGAAACCAAAUAA